GAGAGAGGAGGGCUGGUGGGGGUUGUUGGGAGGAGAAGGGAGAGAGAGAGACGGAGGGGGAGCGGAGGAGGAAUCGGACAGCCAUUACCAUUCAGGAUUACGUUGCCUUGCUGUUCUCCCUACAGCCUCACCCCCCGGCUGUGUGUCGGCUCGGUUUUGGAGGAACAAGCGUGGUAACAGAAACCCGAUCUGCGGAGCUGAGAAACAUCCAACCCUUUCAUCCAUCCAUCCCUCGAAGAGGAGAGGGAGCAGCGGCGGCAGCAUCCCCGGCCUCCCUCGCUCUGUGCUCGGAUUCUAGGACCGCUGCUGCCCGGUGAAGCCCUAAAGUAAGAUGGAGUCGUCAGACGAUGAUACUUUAAGCGAGCGCUCCUGCGUCAGCGAGCCGUCCUUCCGCAGCGAGCGUUCAGGGGGGUCGUUGUCCCCGUGCCCAUCAGGACCCGUGGGGCCGCCCGGAGACACGUUGCCAUGGAACCUGUCCAAACAUGAGAGGAGGAAGAGGAAGAGUCAGGACUCGGUGCUGGACCCGGCGGAGAGGGCGGUGGUUCGUGUAGCAGAUGAGCGGGACAGGGUGCAGAAGAAAACCUUCACAAAGUGGGUCAACAAGCAUCUCAUCAAGGUGAGGAAGCACAUCACUGACCUGUAUGAGGACCUGAGGGAUGGACACAACCUGAUCUCCCUGCUGGAGGUCCUCUCUGGCGUCACCCUGCAACAGAAGAGCGGCCCUUCAUUGAAAAGGGCUUACGCCUCGCGGGCCCCCCCUCUCAUCUUGCUCGGAGGGGAGGAUGAGGAGGAGGAGGAAGGCGCUCAGGGAGUAUGUUCGAAUGAAACCCUCUCCCCCUCCACCGCUCACUCUGUCACCUCUGACCUUUGACCCCCUCAGCUUCACCC